AUGGAAACAGACGGCGUCGUUUCCAUCGAUCAUGUAUCGCCGGAGGAUUCCCAGGAGGUUCAUGUUUUGGCCGUCGAUGACAGCCUCGUGGAUCGAAAGGUCAUUGAACGCUUGCUCAAAAUCUCAGCUUGUAAAGUUACGGCUGUGGAUAGUGGAAUCAGAGCACUGCAGUUUCUGGGGUUGGACGAGCAGAGAAGGACAUCUGAAUCUGAUGGUUUUGUCCCGAGUUUGAAGGUGGAUCUAAUUAUCACAGACUACUGCAUGCCCGAAAUGACCGGUUAUGAAUUGCUCAAGAAAAUCAAGGAAUCAUCCAUGUUCAGGGAAAUUCCGGUAGUAAUAAUGUCUUCCGAAAACAUUUUGCCGCGCAUAGACAGAUGCUUGGAGGAAGGUGCAGAGGAUUUCAUAGUGAAGCCAGUGAAAUUAUCUGACGUGAAACGGUUGAAGGGUUACAUGGCAACGAGAGAGGUUAAGGUUGGAAGCCAUGACAGAAGAAGUGGAGCUGAGGGUGUUGGUAUUGAGAUUAACAACAAACGGAAGCUGGAAGAAGAGGAAGAGAUAUCUGACGUGUCAUCAUCACCGCCGUCCAUUUCUACACUUUCAUCAUCACCGUUCGCUUCUUCACCAUCGUCUUCUCCUACAUCUUCACCGAGCGUGCUCGCUUCUCCUAUCAGACGGCUUAAAAUGAGCAACACCGAUUGA